CCACAUGUAAAUAAGUUGCUUUAUCUCGAAAAUGACAAAUUAAUACAUUCAGUAGUUCUGAACAGCAAACAUAAAAUAGAUAGAUGUUGAUACGAGAUUGCUUUCAGUAUCAUACAUUUUAGUCUUCAUAGAUUUGUUGUAAUCAUGUCUAUUGAACAUACAGGAACAUCUCCCAUAUGUUAUAAAAUAAUUUGUUAGAGACGUGUAAUUAUCACACAGUCUAGCUCAACGUAGACGCUGAAACAUGAAAACGUAUCUCGUUACAACUCUUAUAUUGUGUGGAAUUGUUGUAUCCGGCAGUGAGGAUAACUGUCUACGUAAUAACCCGUAUUUUAUCUUGUUUCCAAGGAACGAAGCUCUCAUGACGCGAGCCGCAUUCGACUCUAUGGUUAACAAAACUGCAUUACUUGGCCAAGCUGAAUUCGUUGUGCCAACUCGGUCAUCGUAUGUUUAUCCAGAAACUAAUUUGUACUGUAAAAUCGUAAAAAUGGACCCAGACGUAUACCAGAGAUAUUGUAAAAAUGGAUGGCAAACUGAAUGCAAUAUGUAUUCUCAAAGCUUAAAAACUUUGAAUCCGGAACAAACUAGAGCCAUAUAUUCAUAUCAAUAUAACGGAAGCGAAAUGAAAGAAGCAUAUUGGUCAAAAGAUCCCAAGAAAUAUAUUUGGAGGAUUCAAUGUGAAGGAUAUAAUGAAAUUGCGAACACCUGUGCUGUUGCAGAUGUGCGACUAAGUCUGUUUGUGUUCAACAAGGAUCAGUUUAAUAUGCACGUCAAGAACGCAAGCAGGAUUGACUUGUACGAGGCUAUUUGUGUAAACUAUGGAUAUGAUUCGAGAUUCAAAUGGUUUUUCCCGUACCUUGGAGAGCCGUGUGAUUAAGUACCCGGAAACCCGGAAGAAUAUUCUUUGCUCUAGAAUGAUAAUUAAACCGGCUGAAAUGUAUUAGGAUAUCAUUGCAAAGCUAUAUUCUAUUUCUUUAUUUCUAAAUAAAAUUAGAUACAAUGUAGAUUUUAAAACUUAUUAUUUCCCAUUUUCCCUAUACGAGAACCUGACAAAUGAUAAAGGUAUGCUAGAUUUAUAUUGAUCACGUUACAGUGAAUUCAAAAGGAUGAAGCAAAAUUAAAAACAAACAUUUUACAAAGAUGAGUGAAACCGGAAUCACUAAAAACGCCCGAUGCGACAAAAUUGAAAAUGCUGCAGGCUUGGUUCAAUAAAGCCUUCACAUGAACGGUGCUAGAAAGAGCAAGUUAUUCCCUAUCACUAAAGAACGCCCAAUACUACACAAUUAAAAAUGAUCCUGGCUCGGUUUAGUUUAUUUGAUCAUGUUCAUGGAUGUCACUAGAAAGUACAAGUUACCGCACAGGCCCCAUAGCACCUGAUUGAGCAGAAUUCAAAAUUUAUACAUUGUAAUAGUGAAAUUUUUAAUUUAUAAACAUCCAAAAUCUUGAUACAUUACUAUGUGAAGUCUAGCGGUCACCGCAUUCGACUCGGCAGGUUACCGGCCGGGACCCGAAUAGAUUCUGUUCGUUGCACGUAUGGUCUUAAUGUACCGGGAUGGGCAGCGUACGGAUCGCGUAAGUAAACUUUAAGCAUAUUGGGUGGCACUGAAUUGGGCUACCCAGGUUCGAUUCUCGGACGUCACAGGACACUCUCGUGUUGGUUUAUCACGGGUAUUCGCACUGUGCCUCUGUACUGGCAUGUACCUUUAGAAGUGAAGGCACGUAUUACAUCUAACAAAUCUAAAAAGUGUGCAUGUACAAACGGU